AUGCUAACCAUCUUACAAUUUCCUUGUUGGAUUCUAAAAGUCCAGCAUUCUUUAACACUGUUUGAUGAAAGAAUUGAAAUUACUAGGAAUAACUUAGUCUUCAAAAUCGAUAUCCAUCUAAAAAUAAAAAUGAGAUGGGAGAUAUCGGCUUCUGGAAUUCAAUCCGUCAAUAUACAGGAUCUAAUGAUACAAGCAAAUCAAGAAGACUUAAAUCAAUUGAAGUAACACCUGGAUGGGAGAGUAUCAUACUUGGGAAUUCAGAAUUAUUACGAAACCAUAGAGUUGCUGUCUGAUAAAAAGAAUUGUAAGGUAAUUUAUUCGAAAAUUUAAGAUCUGUAAAGUUGAAGAUAGAUUUACAAAGGUGAAGUUAUGUUGUAGAUCUUUGAGAAAGGAUGCUUACAACUAAGAACAAUUAUAUUAAUCAAUUAUUAUUUUGUACAAACUGUAACAACACAAAUAUUUUCCAAAAUUGUAUGAAGUUUACGAAUCGAAGGCUCACAUCUACAUCGUGAUGGAGUUGAUGAACCAUCAUUUGAAUGUAGACCUGAUUCAUGAAGAAAUCCAGAUUAUUACUUUGGUAUCUACUUAAGAUAUUGUUUAGGAUUUACUCAAAACCAUUAAGAUAUUAAUUGAUAACAAUAUUCAAUAUUCCAAGUUCAAAUUGUCCGACCUCAUGAUGGAUAAGCGAGGCAACAUAAAACUCAUUAGUUUUUGCCAUGCUUCUCGCUCCAAAGACAUCGAUCUUGACAAUUAUCUUGCCAACAUAGGCUAAAUUUUGAUUCAACUGUAAUCAAUUUGAAUGAGUUUAGUUAUGGCUUCAAGGAUUCCUAUACUUCAUUGCCUUACAUUCCCGAUAAGGGCAACGAAUUUAUUGUUGGAUUGAUGAAUCCAAAUCUAGAUUACAGAUUUACUUUUGAAGAUGCAAUGCGACAUGAAUAUAUCUAAAGUAUAUUUGGUGAAACCAAUAUACCUGUGAAAUUUACAUAUAACCCAAAGUUAAUUACUGGAGUGACCGAAGCGAUAAGUUAAUAUACAAAGAGCUCAUACUAUUAAAAAAUUAAAUGA